UACGUGUGGGAAGCCUGGCCACUAUUCAAGGGAUUGCAGGACCAAGCGUGGACGUAACGACGACAAUUAGAUGGACGAGAUACGACAACACUUCAGGAUGAUCAUACAGGAGAAACGUGAAACCGAGGAACGCAGAAGAGAGGAGGAACAACGGAGGAUCCAAGAAGAGAACGAAAAAAGACGGGAGCAUGAUUUUAUAAGAAGAACCGAGGAGAUGCGCCUUCUGUUGGAAGCGGGGAUGGAAGAGAAAUGGAGGAAGCAAAACAAGAGGGUGGAAGAAGAGGCCGCUGCAGCGAAAGCCAAGGCGGAGGAGGCGAGGGCAAAAGCUGAGGCGGCGAAGCAGAAGCCCGAAGAGGCUCGCGUUAAAGCCGAAGAGGCACGGAUGAGGAGCACGGGCAAGAGUAGCGAUCUCCUGGGAGAUGUCGAAAGGGUGAUCACAUCGACAACGGUACUGCUGGCGAUGAAAGGGCAGAUUCCAUGGCUUCGGAAGUAUAUGGCUCGUUCUGAUAUUUUGCCGGAGAUGCUUGAUUUGAAGCAAGCUGGUCACUGCUGGUGUUUACGUGAUCGCAAGCCCAUGGUCAAAGAAGACGUACGUUGGAAGCACGGUGAGACUGCAAGGACAUCGAUUCUGACGUGGCUGGAUGAGGAGUGGAAGAAAGACGCGAAGGUACAGAGGACCAUAGUGUUCCAGGGUGGAGAAAUAUGGACAGAUGGGUGGAAGAAGAUCAAAAACUUGUUUGGAAUGACGAAGGUCAGAAUUGACGGAAGGCCGAAGAAGCUUGCUACCGCGAAGGGAGAGCUGCAGAGAGGGACGGUGUGCAUACUACUCGGGAUCACCAGAACACCUACGACGACUUCAAAGAGGCUACAGGAGCUACGGGACAUGGUAAAGAAACCUUUCUUGUUCAAAGGUCUGGCGGCACGUUCCACGAAUCAGCUGGUUGGUUUGUAUCGUACCGCAGGGUUUUUUGGUGACAAGAAGACGAAGAAUGAUCUACGCUUGAAGAUCGAUCAGGCCAUUCGGAAGAAGACAAGGAUGGGUGUAAGAAAGAGAGUGCAAGUGAAGGUGGUAUAUGACCGACGGAUCGUGAAGAGAAGAAUUAGGGAGACGACCGAAGAGGUGGUGACCAAGUGCGUUGCAGACCAAGCUAUUGCGAAUUUGAUUAAGAGCAGGAUUCAGGUUACUUGGUGCCGAAACAGAACCGUCGGGGAGAUUAUUCAUAAUCACCGGAGACAUGCGAAUGUUAGUGAGAAGACCUGCGUAUGUCAAGGCGUGGACCUACCCAUCCAUGAGGGACACGUUAUGACACGUUUCUCGGAUUUGCCAGAUAUCCCAUCUUUCGUCAGAAAUGCUAAGAAUGUGACGUGUCACACAGAGACAAAGAGCAGCGGGUAUUUUGUCAAUGCGACCGUGGAGGCUACAAGGCAUUUGAAGAGCUGCGAGGGGGACGUGCGGAUACCUACAGGUGGCUUCUUGAAUGGACAGGAUGAGUAAAGUGGAAGAGAGACAUGGGAGGAUGUGACUGUCGCAAAAUGGUGUAGGAGAUUUCGAGGGCUAGUGCUUGCCCCGA